GAGACAUGGCUUCUUCUUGGGGAGAUGGAAUGUUCUGGAACUAGACUAUGGUGAUGGUUGUACAUCUCUCUCUCUCUCUCCAAACCACCGAAUCGUACACUUUAAACAGGUGGACUAUAUGGUAUGUAGAUCACAUGCAAUAAAGCUGUUAAAAGGCACAAACCUUCCCCCUGCUCCCAGCCUGUGUUCCUACCCUUAGCUGCCAGGGGAGGCGCCCAGGCGGGAGGAGGUUUUAGGGACCAGAGGGGCGACCGUGAUGGCAUCUAGCAGGCGCGGCAACGCCAACCUGCGUCCAGCGUGCCUGGCCGCCAACCCGGGAUUGGCACAGCCUCCCCCCUGCGUGGGCAGUAACUGUGUUCCCACGACAGCCCCGUGGGUUGUGCGUCCUGUCCCCUUUUGGCAGAAAACCGGGACUCGGUGUUUUGUGACGCAGAGAAGGAAGCCGGGACAGCACCGCACGCCACCCCAUGUUCUUCCAGGACCCGCGAGCCAGGAAGGCUGAGGUCGCGUAUAUCCUCGGUCUGGUCUGACGGGACUAGGACCCUCGAGGGCGCGGCCCCUUUAAGAGGGGGCGUGGCCUCUCAGCGAGCGGCGGGCAGAAGCCAGAGAGGCAGGAAGUGCACGUCUCGUGCCUGGAGGGCGGGGCCGCCCUGCGACCGGAAGCGGAAGUGGGCUUUCAGCGGCGUUGGCAUCUGUACGCGCGCAAAGGGAUGGGUUCCAAGGCCAAGAAGCGAGUGGUGCUGCCCACCCGCCCGGCGCCCCCCACGGUAGAGCAAAUACUGGAGGACGUGCGGGGUGCGCCCCCCGACGACCCCGUUUUCACCGCCCUGGCCUUGGAAGACUCCCCAGGCCUCUCCGGGAGGCCAGAGGACACGGAGGCACAGCGGGAGCAGCUCUACCAGCAGAGCCGAGCCUACGUGGCCGUGAAUCAGCGGCUGCAGCGGGCGGGAGACGGGCUGAAGCAGAAACGUGAGGGGCUGCGGCAAGCUGGUGAGGCGCUGGGACGGGACGUCGGCCAGGUGGAGCAGGUGGCGCUGCCAGGAGCCACGGCCGCCUCCUUGGGCUGAGCGGUCCGCCUGCUUGCCCGAGUACCUGCACUCUGAGCAGGGCGCCCCCGGCUCCCCGUGACCCCCGAUCUGGUACAGCUUAGGCCCCUGGGUGCCCUGGUCUGGGUGUGCCCCAGUACCGAGAACCCCGGGACACAGCCAGGCACAGGCCCCUCCCCGGGGGUCAGGGCUGGGACGGUGUGGGUGCUGCUGACCCCGGGGCCGUGGAGCCCAGAUUGGACGUCACAUGGGGUCGCCAGCACCCGAGGGCCAGGCCGUCCACCCUCCUGUCCUUCCCUCUGGUGACCCUGCUUCCCCACAUCGUCCCUGUGGACUGAACUGGUGGAACCCACUCUGCUGCCUCUGCCCAUCUCCGCCUGAUCCACAGGGCCCCCGAGAUUCCAGAAGAGGCCGGGGGUUCUGUUCCCUCCACCACAGUGGCCGUGGCUAUGUGAGGAGCCGAUGCCCGGCAGCGCCCGGAUGUGAGAUGGGGCCUCUGGUGGGUGCUGCCCCUGAGGACCCUGAUCUAGGGUGUGGGCGCCCCCACCGGGCAGGUUCACGGUCGGGGUGCAGGACCGGCCUGGGGGCUGUGGGACUGCAUCACAGGGGCUCCUGGCCUGGGCCCCAUCAGGACAAGCUGACGCGUCUCCCACGGAAGCCUUGCUGGCUGCCUCCGUCCCGGCAAGCUUCGUCUGUGGGUGGGUGUGGGGCCGUGGAACAGAAGCAGUUCUUGAAAAGGGCUUUUCAGCCUAAAAGAUAGACUUUUGGAAGGCCAGAGCAGCAGUGGGUGCCAGUGGCCUCACAGAAGCCAAGCUGCUUGCAAGUGUCCCCACGAGCCCUUCCGGUGACAUCUGCCCUGGGCCUGGCCGCCUGCACAGUGCCUCCGUGAGCUGCCCUCUUCUGGGUCCCCGGGAGUCCAGAGCAGCACGGUGGGGCCUGACACCAUGACCCCGAGCAUCCCGGAGGUGUCUCCCUUUCCCUGAAGAAGGGGAGCCUGCUUAAGCCUGAGAGACCCCCAAAACCGGAAACCAGAAAGUAGGCUUGGGGGCACAAGUGUACAGAAAACACAGGCUUGGCUCCUAUUAGGGCAGCGGACGCCGAGACUGCCUUGUCCAGGGCCCCUUCACCCCUCACCCCCUUCCACAGCCUCGAAAGGCCUGCCCGUGGUGCGAGGAGCUUCCCCCCUCCGUGCUUGGCCCUGGUCUCCAGGAGCUGCCUGACUCCAGGCUGCUGUCUGCUCUCCAGAGCACCCCCCCCCAGUCAGGCUGGGGCACUCGCGUGGCCUCCCCGUGCAGCCGUCCUGGGGCCUGGGCCACCCCAGCUCUGCCUCCAGGGACUUGCCCAAGGAGGACUUGUGAAAGCGUGUCCGAGUCGGCUUGCUCCUGGCAGAAACCAGGCUCGGCGGUUUGCUCGCAGACCCCGGGCGGAGGCCCCUCCCAGCCCCCACCCCAUCCGCACCCACUUGGAAAGGGAGCCACAGGCAGUGGGGCGCGAUUCGACAGCUGCGUUUAUUAAAGGUGCGUGUAAGA